AUGGGAUACCUAGUGAUGUUUAUGUUGAUCGGUACUUUGAUGUGGUGGAUUUCUCAAGAUAUAAAGAUAAAACCUGAUCCAGAAUAUGAAUUGGCUCGUCAUGAAACUAGUUCUUCUUCCUCAUCUAACAACAAUCAUCAAGAAAAGAACAACAACAAAAUAAAUAUAGAUAGUAAGAAUAAUGCCAACUUGGAUAACAUUGUGAAUGCAGUUGGUUCGAAAGCUGACAAAGAAAGUGAAAAUAUUGAUUUGGCUGGAAACUUAGCCCAAGGAUCAAAAGGUGAAAAGGGAAUCGGUGUAGUGGAAGCUCCAAAAGGUGGAAUUGCUAAUGAAGCACCAAUUGUUGGAACUGAUGAAGACGAAUUAGUUGGUACUGGUGGAAACAAAGCCAAGAAUGCUGGUAAAAAAGGAUACAAAGCUUCAAUCGGUAAUGCUGAAGAUAAUGUUGUUGCUGGUAAAAAGGCUUCAAAAAAUGUUGAAGGUGUAGAUGCUGAUUCAGAAGAUGCUGCUUUAGCUAAUAAGAUUGCUAAUGAAAACAAUGUUCAACAAGUCAUGGAAGAAAAUUGA